AUGGCUUCUCCGGACCCUAUGCAGCAAAUCUUCGAAAGCGCUAAGCGCGAUUUCGAGAGGAGCCUCCCCAAGAAAGUCAAGGCACAAGACCUCCACGCCGUAACAAACGUGAAGCAACUGUGGGAUGCUCUGGACAAAUUGCAAGCCGAGCAAUCCAAAUCGCUGAUCAGGAUGCGUUUCUUGGAUCGCAUUGGGCCUUUUGUCACCCGACUCCAGAGUUUAGCUGGUGUCAUCGAGGUCUUCGUGCAGGUGAAGCCAGAGGUGGGGGCUUUAGUAUGGGGGCCCAUCAAGCUGCUUCUGAUGUGGACCAGCCAAUGGCGGGAAGGGUUUGAUGCUAUUGUCCAAGUGACGGAGAGAAUUGGGGAAGUGCUCCCCCAAUUUUCGGUUUCCCAGGGCUUCUCUGAUGUGAGCCAUAUCAAAAAUGUCGUGGCUCUCCUCUUCAGAGACAUUCUCGAUUUCUAUUCCGCGACUUUAGAGUUCUUCAGCAUCCCGCAGAAAUUACGGGUUGUGGAGAAGAAUAUCCAACGACAUUCACAGCUCCUUGGCCAGAACAUCACUUUCGAACAUAUCAGAAGGGAAGAAGAAGCUAGAGAUAGAUUAUUUAAGGAAUUUCAAGACGCCGAGGACCACAGGGCCAGGCAAAAGUUCGAAGCAUUGCGGAUUGCUAUUAGCCCACCCGAAUACAGUGAGAGGCUGGCCUGGCUCGAGGGACGUAUCUGUCCAGGAACGCCAAACUGGCUCGAGGAUGAUGACGACUUUCGAAAUUGGCUAGACCAGUCUGAUCAGACACCGAGAUUGCUUUGGCUUCAAGGGAUCCCCGGGGCUGGGAAAACGUUUCUCGCCUCCCGGGUAGCUAUCAAAGCUAUGACUCAUGGAGACACCGCAUACGCGUUCAUCAGCCACACCCAUACCGAUUCUACCGCCAUAUCCGUGAUGCAUUCGCUGCUGUUUCAACUAGGCUCUGGAAACCAGGAUGUGCAAACGGUCUUGACCGACGCCAGCAAAAGCGACCUAAAGCAUAGUUUAACUACGACCAAGGAACUACUUACUACGGCGAUUACGUGUGCAGGCGGAGCGUACAUCAUCAUAGAUGGUCUCGAUGAAAUCGAAGAGUUCGAGCGAAAACAGCUCCUGACAUCGAUAGUGGACAUACUGGACGCCUGUACCGAUGCAAAAAUCAAGGUCUGCAUCAGCAGCCGGCCAGAGCAUGAUGUCGUUAGAAUACUGCAGCCCAAGGCGACAACGAUUCGCGUCCAUACCAAGAAUGCCGCUGGCGUGCGGAUAUAUGUUAAUGCAAGGUACAGGGAGUGGAUGAGUAACUCAGACUUUUCGACCCGGGGGCAGAAAGAGAUUCAGAGUCUUCUUGCUCCUCUUUCCAUUAAAGCAAAAGGCAUGUUCUUGUACGCCCGUAUCGUUAUCGACAACGUGGUCGAUUUGAUUAGUAUUGAGGAUAUCCGAAGGGAACUGAAGGCUUUACCAGCAGAUCUUGAUUCCGUGUACGAGCGUGUCCUCGCUCGCAUUAACCAACUAGCUGCCCCAAUGAAGGAAAGAGUAAAGAGGGUCCUCGGAUGGAUCGGUUGCUCUCCUACGCCGCUCAACAUACACGAACUUGAUCAAGCUGUGCUUGUUUCGGGCAAGACUUACGACGACGCACCGACGGUCAAUGCUUCCCUCAAUAUCGUCAAGAUGUGCGGCUCCAUUGUCGAAAUCGUGGACGAAACACCGAGAUUAGUACAUUUCACCGUCAAAGAAUACAUCUUUGACAGUCACCGGGACUUCAUAAGUAUGCGUCAAUCCAUACGCGAUCUCCUAGACACAUGCAUCACGUACCUUUGCUACGACGCCGUCGGACCCGACGUAGAUGAAGAACAAUUACGGGAAAAUAUACUGCAAGGGAAAUAUCGAUUCCAGGCAUUUGCUUCCUGGUCGUGGUCUAUUCUUGCUAGGCAGUAUGUUCGCUUGACACGAGACAAAACUCAUCUCAAUGACCUCAAUGAUCUGCUGCGAACACUCUUUACCGAGAGGGAGAAUGUCGAAUUUGGAGUUGAUGCCGAGAGUACGGAAUCGGUCGAUGACUUGAUACUAAACCCCGAGUCCACUCAACCUACCAACGAUUCUGCUCGACUGCGCCGCCAGCCAUGGCCAGAAGCACCCGAGUUCAUUCUGCAGACGACCGCAUUCUAUAGUGACCACCCAAAAGACCUUUGGACGGUGCACAACACCCAGAGAUGGGCAUCCCUCGACCCAUUGACUGUCUCCGCCUCGGCUACGAGAGUCCAAGGCUUAUACGACGAUCUACUCUGCCACGGAGAGAAGGACAAACCCUUUAAACAUAAGGACGAUUGCAUGAAUGAUCAUGUGGAGAAGUUCCACAAGGUGAUGCGUGAAGGUAUAUAUACGCAACCGUCCGUAAUGGAAGACGAGGCUUUAUAUCCCCUCCUAUACGACCUAGUCGCGUCAGAAGGCUUCGACGAGCUCUUCGCAAUCUGGCCAUCAUGCCGUCAGAAGGUCAAUCAGUUUACUGAGGCUGACCUAGUAGUUAUGGCGGCUGGUCAAGGCUCGCUCUUGAUGGUUGAACUGCUUUUGGAUUGGGACGAGGAGGAAAAGAAACCCUGGAACGACACAGUAAGAUUCGGGGCCUUGGUUCAUGAUGCUAUUCAGAGUGGCAAAUCAGAUGUUAUACGGUGGAUCCUGGACAAAGCCACCUCCUGGGGCGGUAUAAACGGACGGAAAUAUCGAGAUAUUAUCAUCGCCGUCAUCAAGUCGGAAUCACCAGAGGCGUUCGACAUUUGGCACGAUAUUAUCACAUCCACCACAUCUUACAACCACAAUAUCAACCAGGAGCUGUUCGAGAAGAUAGUGCUCACGACCCUCCAUAAAUAUCCCGAUCAAGAAAUACGCAUGUUUGAUACUUGGCGGGUGCUAGACAAGAGAUCCUUGUUGAGUCCGCCUUCUCUCGGCCGUGCCCUGACGAUGGUUGCACAGACUACCCUUUCUAUCGAGCAAGCCCGGGCCCUGCUUCAGUGUCGAGCCUUGAUCGAUUACCCCCGAAGCAACAGAAGCAACAGGGGGAGUGGGUACACUGCACUGCACUGGGCCUGCAAAAAGUCGUCCCUGGAGGCCGCUCUAUUUAUCAAGUAUCUGCUUCUCAAGGGAGCGAACGCCUUUACCUCGUUCCGUAAGCCGGUGUGGGAAGAGGAGGGCGCUCUAAAGAUCAAGACAUGGCUUAACGUAGAUUGGUCUGAGCUCGUGAAAUGGACACGCUACCAGCGGCGAUUGUCAGGAAAAACAUCUCUGCGCGAUUAUGACGAAUUACUACGCCAAGAUUCUAGCAUGCAGGAGAGGCUAGCCUACGAAGCAGACGAACUAGUCCGUGAAGAGGAGAACAGAAUUGCCUAUGAAAGAGAGAUCCAGGCCAUUGGCUCUCGAUUACGGCCAUGUAGCUAA